CUACAUAUAUUUUCGUUUGUAUAGUCUUCAGGGUCAAAGGAAGUGACAUAGACCAUAAUUUAGGUCAAUUUAAGUUAUUUUUAGGAGCCAAACAUUUGUGAGAGAACAGGAAAAAGUCCAUUUAGACAAGUUUGGGCUGAAUCUUUGAGAAUAAAUAUGCGGAAGGGAAACCCCGUGCCCGUGUUAGCCCUGGCCACUUAGUGCAUUCGCCCCUGCUGUUCCCUGCCGUAUUUAAAAGUGAAGUUCCCGGAUGUACAGUACCGCCGCACCUCCCCCUUCUCCCCUCCGCCACCGCCCGCCUGUCAAAGCCACCUCCUCCUCUUACUGUCUCCUCCCAGCGGCUCUCCCUCCAUUCGCCACUGCAGUGGAAGGAAAAGAAGGAGUAGAAGAAGAAGUAGAAGAAUCCUCGGUGACGGUGAGAGAGACGGCGUAAAAAAAAAAAAAAAAAAAACCCAGAGUGAGAGACGGCAGAAGCGGAGCGGAAAAGCCAGGCCGAAACCCCCAGAACACAGCAAGCCCAGCCGUCGUGUCUUCCCCUCGGUUUCUCCAACGCAGGUUUCGGCGGCUCGUCGACUCCCCUUGCUGCUGUACGUCCUCUCAUUUCCGUUCACAUCGCCUGGAUUUCUUCAUUCGACCUGCAAGAUGGGAAAUGAAGCCAGUUACCCUCUGGAGAUGUGCUCGCAUUUCGAUGCUGAUGAGAUUAAGAGGCUAGGGAAGAGGUUUAAGAAACUCGACCUAGAUAACUCUGGCUCGCUCAGCGUGGAGGAGUUCAUGUCGCUGCCGGAGCUGCAACAGAACCCGCUGGUGCAAAGGGUUAUCGACAUAUUUGAUACAGACGGGAACGGAGAGGUGGACUUUAAAGAGUUCAUCGAGGGAGUCUCACAGUUCAGCGUCAAGGGCGACAAGGAACAGAAGCUUCGGUUCGCCUUCAGGAUCUACGACAUGGACAAGGACGGCUACAUCUCCAAUGGCGAGCUCUUCCAGGUGCUGAAGAUGAUGGUAGGCAACAACCUGAAGGACACGCAGCUCCAGCAGAUCGUGGACAAGACCAUAAUCAACGCAGACAAGGACGGAGACGGCAGGAUAUCCUUUGAAGAAUUCUGUGCAGUGGUUGGUGGUCUCGAUAUACACAAAAAGAUGGUGGUGGACGUGUGAGAGUUCUCCUCCGCCCGAUGCCCUCCCUCCUCACCCUGCCGUCCACCCCCACCCCCACCCCC